AAGCACAAGACAGCUGCGGUGUGUGCCAGGGGAGUAAGGUUGCUUUCAUCUGACCAGAAACGUCACGAACUGUGCACCGAAGAGAUUUGCUUGGCGUUCGAUAGCUCACAAGUAGACGAAACAAUUCGGUUUCCUCCGCACGUGAUUCUUCAUGAACAUGUGGUACAAUGGAAAUUUGAAGAAAAUGGCACAAUACAUACGCUAGAAAUUACUUGCCCAGCGGCGCCAUUCUGCGAAAAUAUAGAUUGCACCCUAUGCGCAGAUGUACUAUUAAAAUGCCCGAGAAAGGAGACAGAAGAUUGGGUUGAGUCAUUUGCUCGCGGUUCAACGAUCCUGAAUCUAAUUCUUCCGGUCGGAGAUUGCCAAGAACUUAAUGUGCUUUCACAUCAUGAGAGGGUGUUAAAAGGGAAAGAAAACCUAAGCGAUGAAAAUCAACCCUUCAAAAAAGCCGCAUGCAUUAAGUUACGAAGUAACUUCUCAGUAGUGCGUGAGAGUUGA